AUGGAGCGCGAGAAGGACAUCACAGCUGAGUUCUUUGUGCGCCAACCGUCUAAGCUGGAUGGCGGCAAUAGAACCAGUGGCGCAGACGAUGCCGUUGCUGCUGCUGCUGAUGCUGCUGCUGCUGAUGAUGAUGAUGCCAGCAACAACAACAACAACAACAACAACAACAACAGCACGGCUGACCAAAGACGUCUACUCCAGCUUGACAGGAGGUGUCCACCACCAGUUCCAGAGAAACGGACUUGUGUAGAUGGCUGA